AGAAAGAUCAAUACAUAAUUCCGAUCUAAGAUUCCCAUAGAUUAUAGAUUCUUUCCUCUGGAAUAUUUUUUUCGUAUACAUUUUUUUUUCAAAGAACACAGCUGAUUAACUGACAUCCAGAUUCCAGAUUCCAGAUGAUUUAAAUCUUAAAUCAUAUUUAAAAGGGUAGUUAUGGUAGUUUUAACAUGGGAGAAUGGUAAAAUGGUAAUGAAAAUAUUUAAUACAUACUUCUACAGCAUGUAUUAUAGUAUGUUAUAACUGGAAUAUUAUAAAAAUAUGAAAAUAAACAAGACCAUUUUCUAUUACUAAUAAAAUUUGAGAGUAAUAAUUAUGAAGUGUUAAUAAUCAAAUUAAUUAUUAGAUAUUUAUUUAUAACGAUAGUCACGUCCUGUAGAAAUUCAAAUGGAUAAUCUGACGCAACAAGCUGAAGAGAUUGAAGUUCUAAAGGCCAUAUUUGAAGAUGCCUGGAUAUACAAUAAGAAAACGGAUAGUUAUUCUAUAGCAAUAACUAAAGAUAUUGAAUUAUGGGUAACUUUAAAUCCUGAUUACCCAUCAACUAAACCUCCAAAAUAUGAAUUAUGGGCUCCCAAUCUGAAUAGAUUUCAAAAAGAUCUUAUCGACAAAAGUUUUUUUGACAUAUUUAGAGAGAACCAAGGUGGACCCAUAAUCUAUCAGUGGAUUGAAAAACUGAAAGAUAUUUCCUUUAAAACAUAUACAGACGUAAAAAUCGACACUCCAGUUGAUUGCCAAGAUAAUGCUAAAAUUAAAGUUAGGAAAAAUGAAAGGAAUAGUAAAAUGUUACAUAUUAGCCAUGGUGGGAUUAUUACAGAUAGAAGAAGUAGUUUUCAGGGACAUGUUUGUAAAGUUACAAACUUUGAUGAUGUUAGAGAAUUUUAUAACAUACUACUCGAAAAUCGAAAAAUUGCUCAAGCAAAUCAUAAUAUACUGGCUUAUAGGAUCAAUACAACAAAGGAUACAUUGUUACAGGAUUGUGACGAUGACGGCGAAAAUCACGCUGGUGGCCGCUUAUUACAUUUACUGCAGAUUAUGGACAUAAAGAAUGUAGCAGUAGUAGUUACUAGAUGGUAUGGUGGUAUACUUUUGGGCCCAGAUCGUUUUAAACAUAUUAACAAUGCUGCCCGACAAGCGCUGUCUGCUGCUGGUUAUGUAUCAAAUAAAUAAUUAGGGUUUCCAAUUUUCAGGAUCGGGAUCCCGUUUUGAAAUCCCGGGAUUAGAACCUAUAAUCCCGGGCUCCCGAGAUUGACUGUCAAAAUGCAAAAUUUAAUCUAAAGAAAUACCGAAUAAAAAUGCAGAUACAUAUUUUAAAAAAGAGAAUGGGACAAGAGCUUUAUUAAAAUAGGCAAAACAAAGUAACAUUGAUAUUUAGUGUUUAAAAAAUUAAUUCUUGUUGAAAUAAGAAAAAUAGCAAACACGGGAAUAUAACUUUUAGAUAUUGACGUUCUGCUUAGUAUAAAUAAAAUAUGAUGUUUUAAAGACUAAAGAAUCAUUUUAGAUUGGGCAUUUAAAUUUUUCGAGAUUUUCAGGAUUUCGGGAUUAAACAUACACCUGGAUCCCGCUUUGGAAACCCUAUAAAUAAUGUUUUGUUUGUCCAGAUAUUUUUGUUGUUAUAUUUAUAUAAAUGUAAAAUAAUUUGUUACAUAUAAAUAAAAAAAUAUUUU